UCUUAUUAUACUGCUCUUUCUGAGGUUGGGUUUUCCUACUCUGGAGUCCCUACUGGCCUACUCACCCUCACACUCUCACUCUCUCACCAGCCAUAGCUAUAGCUGCUAUACAGCUAAAACAGUCUAAGUUGCGAUUCUGUUGCGUCUGAGCCUUCAGUAGUUUUUACCGGCGAGAUUUGGCCGGAGAAUGGCAUUUAUGUGCACAGAUAGUGGCAAUCUAAUGGCAAUCGCUCAACAAGUCAUGCAGCAGAAACAGCAGCAACAGCAAGAGCAACAACAAAGCCAUCAUCACCACCACCAGCAACAGCAACUUCUGGGUCUCAACCCCUUUUCUCUAAACCCUUGGUCUAAUUCUACUCAUCAACCAUCGAUGUCUGGUUCUCCCAAUUUGGGAUAUGCGGUGAUGGGUCCGAGUUUAACAGACCCGUUUCAGGUGGCUGGCGGUGGAGAUGCCGGAGAAGCGGGGUUUCAGUUCCCGCACAUGGAGAACCAUACGGCUGGGUUUAGAUUCUCUGAUUUUGGUGGCGGGGCUGGUGGUGAGUUCGACUCCGACGAGUGGAUGGAUAGCUUAAUGGGCGGUGGAGACUCAACGGAUAGUUCUAAUCUACCGUCUAGUUGCGACGGGUGGCAUAAUAGUGCAGAUUUUAAUCUCCUCGGACCCGAUCCAUUCGUCACCUGUCCGAGUCGGCUUAGUGUGGGUUGCUCGCAAUCUUCUGAUCUCAACCGAGUCAUUUUCUCUGAAACUCAGAACAGUAGCCCUAUCGCUCUCCAACCUCAGGUCCCAUCAUGGGUCCCAUCUCCGCCACCGCCUCCUCUCCAAGCAAUUGCGAAAGACACGAAGCCAGUGAAACCCUCGUCACCAGCCGUAGGAGUAAGUUCUCCGGAAAUCGAGUCGGCGCCGCCGCUCUUAAAAGCCUUAUUAGACUGUGCUCGAAUGGCAGAGGCUGAACCGGAGAUGGCUGUGAAAUCCCUGAUUCGAAUCAGGGAGUCCAUAUCAGAGCAAGGAGAUCCAAUAGAAAGGGUUGCGUUUUACUUCACUGAAGCACUGUGCAGUAAAUUAUCAGUGCGAGCAGAGAGAAGCAUGGCUGUGUUGGAGAGUGCAUGUGAGGACUUCAUUCUGUGUUAUAAAGCCUUGAACGAUGCGUGUCCUUAUUCAAAAUUUGCUCAUUUGACAGCAAACCAAGCAAUUCUUGAAGCUACAGAGAGCGCAAGCAAGAUUCACAUAGUUGAUUUUGGGAUCGUUCAAGGUGUUCAAUGGGCUGCCCUGCUACAGGCUCUGGCCACCCGCUCCUCGGGUAAGCCUGUCAGGAUUCGGAUCUCUGGUAUACCUGCGCCCGCUCUUGGCUACUCCCCUGCAGGUUCUCUGGUCGCCACUGGAAACCGGCUUCGCGAUUUCGCUAAGCUUCUUGAUUUGAACUUUGAGUUCGAACCGAUCCUAACGCCUUUUCAGGAGCUAAGCGAGGCGAAUUUUCGGGUCGACCCGGACGAAGUGUUGGCCGUUAAUUUUAUGCUUCAAUUGUUUAAUUUGCUGGAUGAGUCUCCGGCAACUGUAGAAGCAGCUCUAAGAAUGGCCAAAUCGCUGAAUCCGGAAAUCGUUACUCUUGGGGAGUAUGAAGUGAGCUUGAAUCGGGUUGGAUACCUGAAUCGGUUCAAGAACGCUUGGAGGUACUACGCUGCUGUAUUUGAAUCGUUGGAGCCAAACUUAACCAGAGACUCUUCGGAGAGACUUCAAUUGGAGAAACUACUAUUUGGUCGCCGAAUUGCUGGAGUGAUUGGACCAGAGGAACCAGGGGCCAGAAGAGAAAGAAUGGAGGAUAAAGAGCAAUGGAAGGUCUUAAUGGAAAAUUGUGGUUUUGAAUCGGUUGCUCUCAGCCAUUAUUCAAUGAGCCAAGCUAAGAUUCUUCUAUGGAGCUACAAUUACAGUUCCUUAUACACUCUAAUUGAAUCUCAAUCAGGGUUUCUCUCUCUAGCGUGGAACGAGGUCCCUCUUCUCACUGUUUCGUCAUGGCGUUAAUGGGUUUUUUCCUGCCUCAAUUUGGGGUUUGGUUUCCACCUGGUAAUUUUUCUCUAGCGUGGAACAAUCUAAAACCGUUUAUACACCAUUGACGGUCUCUUUGGACCUUCUGUGUCAGCAUGAAACCCAGUUCUUUUGUUGGCUAUAGUUGUUGAUUACAUUAGAAAAAACCUUUGUCACCUAGUAGUUCAUGCUGCAGCUUGAUCUUUGAUUUUUCUUUUCCUUCCAAUUUCGUGGUUUUUUCUCUAGGUUUUUUUGUGGGUUUUUUAAUAUGACCAAUUGUAAAAAGGGAAACUGAAAAUUGAAGAUCCAGAAAAUUUUCCUUCCCUUUGUGUUUGUAUAUAGUGAUGAUCUUAAUUUCAUUUCUUAUGACCAUGUAGACAUUUUUAUCAGAAAUUAUUGUACUUUUCUUCAUAGCUUUC